CGAAAGACAAAUCACGUCUCUCUUUGGUAAAGGGGAGAAAGUUCUGAACAGUCCAUUCGUUCAGCGAUUGGCAUUUAGCACACCGUUCUUUCACUCUUGGGACGAGCGGAAGGGCCACCCGGCCUUGUGACUUGCAUUCCUCGCACGCUUCAAGACGACCGCCAUACCUUCCAUCCUUGUUCGAAAGGCUGUUUCCAUAUUUGACCGAGACCCUUGAAUCUCUCCUCCGUCAUCGCACAUCUUCUCUCUGCUCUUUUCUCCCUCUCAUCUUCAUCCCAGCUCCGAAGAUAAUCAACAGCGAGACCAUGGCUUCCUCACCCCCCGACCAAGCUGCAAUCCUCAAAGAGGUGCUCGAUGCCGUGAAGACGCUGCAGGUCAACCAAGUGCAACUCUCAUCAGCGGUUGAUGCCAUCUCAGGCCGGGUCAAUGUCCUGGCUGGCAUGAAGGAGGUCCGAGACAUUGCCAUUGCCAUUGAUUCUCCAUCUCCUCAUCCCGUAAAGAAAAUUGAUUCAAUUCAAAAUAUCACUGAUGAUUCGCACUCUGAUGAUGUUGUGCCGCCGUCGCCAUCUCUCCCUGCUUCCGCAUUCAGUAGCAGCCCAGGCACGUCGAGCCCGCUCUCCCAUGCGAGGAAGCCGAGCGUUACUUCGAGGAUUAUUCUGACGACGUAUCCCGGUCAGGCCGGCAUUAACCCACUUCCCAUGGACUGGGGUAACAAAGAUCCCCAGCAGAGGGGCCCGGUUGUUGUUUCGAGGAGUGCAACUACUAUCCGCCGAAGAAAUGCUAUUGGAGCUCACGGCGGCUCGUACUCGAUUUAUUAUGCCCUUGCUGUUGCUAGUCAUGAAAUCAAGAUAGAUCAUAGACCCGAUUUUACAAACACAGAACCAGCUGCAAAUAUUGGUCCUUUCCCGCAAUGGGCUGAUAAGAAGAAGAUCGUCUCCAUGGAUCCUCUUGGUCACUUGGCUCCAUGGCUUUUUAAGGAUACAAUAGAGAAAGAAAAUGUUGAUAUUAGACCUACAAUCGCUAUCACCAGAGCCCAUAUGAAGCUUCCCGAGUUAGAACAGAGUGUGAGAGAAGGUCGUCUUGUGCCAGAUGGUAAAGUUUGUCUCAAUGAGACCGGCGAGCUCGCUGUUACGAAAUUCGCCGUUGAACCUGUCUGGUACCUCCCUGGUGUUGCUGAGCGAUUUGGAAUUGAUGAGGGAUCACUCCGAAAAUCGUUAUUCGAGCACACUGGAGGAUCUUAUCCGGAGCUAAUCACAAGAGGAGAUAUCAAGCUGUUCUUGCCACCAAUUGGUGGUCUCACAGUCUAUUGCUUCGGCGACCCAGCCAAGAUGUCAGAUGAGAGCGUCCGUCUUGCUCUGAGAGUUCAUGACGAGUGUAACGGAAGUGACGUGUUCGGCUCUGACAUCUGCACGUGUCGUCCAUAUCUCAUCUACGGAAUUGAGGAGGCCGUCAAAGAGGCACAGAAGGGAGGGAGUGGGGUUGUCAUUUAUUUCCGCAAGGAAGGCCGUGCUUUGGGUGAAGUCACAAAGUACCUUGUCUACAAUGCCAGAAAGCGUGGACUGGAUCGUGCUUCGGAGUAUUUCAAGCGAACCGAGAACAUUGCUGGCGUGAAGGACAUGCGAUUCCAGGCGUUGAUGCCCGACAUUCUUCAUUGGCUUGGUAUCAAGAAAAUUGACAGGAUGCUAAGCAUGAGCAAUAUGAAGCAUGAUGCCAUUGUCAGUCAGGGCAUUCCUAUCCACGAACGAGUCGAGCUUCCUGAGUCUUGGAUUCCCGCAGAUUCAAGGGUAGAAAUAGACGCGAAAAUCACUGCAGGUUACUUCACCACCGGACAUCGAAUGACGGAAGAGGAACUCGCCGCUGUCAAAGGAAGAAGCUGGGAAGACAUUGAUCAUUGAUCACGCGCCGGGAAGAGACAUUCGUGACUCGGGCCGCCUCUCUGCGCGCUUUGAGAGGGUACCUGCAUGCAUGACUACCCAACACGCCGUUUUCGGUCUUGUCAACAUGAAGGGAAACUUGCUUUGCGAUAAAAAACCUAAUUGGCUCAUGAAUGAUAAUUUUCAGGACAGAAAAAAGAAAUUGACGAGCACUUUCAUGUGCCUUCGCC